GAAGAAUUUAGGAAAUGGGGCUUUUGAAGUUGUAAAUCCUUAAACUCAGCAUUUGCCAAAUCUCAGAUUAAACCAUCCACUACAUAACUCAGUCUCUCCUAAAUCACCAAUACAUACAACACAGCUUCAUUCGAGAACCGAAACGAAAACGAAAACGAAGAUGACACUUCAAACUACCGAUAUCACUGAGGAACAAGUCAUCAUUGCCUUUCAUUCGUUCUUACAAGCAGCAUUAGCCCAAGCUCAUGUAGAAAGGCUUCUAGAUCCAACAAUUUUAACAUCAGCACAAGACGAUAUCCAAAUCAUAGGCCCAUCGAUUUGUCUAUUCUUAGCUGCUUUAAGAACCCAAACCCAACCUCCAUCGAUUUGUACCACUUCCAUCAAAUUAGAUCAAAACAAUUGUCCGAGUUCAUUUAAGAAAUGGUUUACACUUUGGUCAGAAUCGAUACCAGUGAUCAAAUCACUAAACAAAGAUCAUCAGCAUGACUUGGCUAGGAUUAUUUGUGAUCAAGAACCGAUCUCUCAACCUAUUAAUAUUCAACUACCUAUUAUCGCUCGGAAUUUAAGAGCUAUUGCCAUUGAAAUUUCACAGAGACGUACGUUUCAAGAACGGUUCAAUCAAGAUUUAAAUUUUGCACUACAACAUGGUUCUCAGACCAAUAAACCUUUGUCAGCUAAAUAUGUUCCACCUCCAGCUUACGAUGAUCAAGGAGACUCACAUAUAAAUCCUCCGAAUCCGAAAACAAACGUACCACCGUUUUCACCACCUCUACCUACAAGACCCAGACCCACAAGUAAUCCACCGAUGAAUGAUGAUCCGAAUGAAGAACUCUCACCAGAACAACAAUUCAGACUUGCAAUCAUUCGAGAAACGAUUUAUGCUUCAUUGACCGAUAUACUUUAUUCGACCCCAACGAUUUAUAAGAAACUAGAGUCCGAAGAGAGUACAGAUGGAGAAUUAUCAAGAUCAUAUUUUGCUGCACUUUGUUUAGCAUUAUUAGAUGUUUCAAUCAACCGAGUCAAUACAGACGAAGAAACAGUAGAAGUCGUUAAACUUGAUGCUUCUCAACACUUUACAAGUUUGAAAUUAAAUGAUUGUCCAAAUCGAUUGAAACCAUUAAUGUUUGAACUGAUUAGGAUUGGCAGUCUUACCCAACAUUUAAUGAAUGAAGAUACAAGAAUGGCCAUCAUUAAUGCUUCUCAUGAUUCUUCUAAUCAAAAUGAAUUAACUAAAAUUGAACAAUUAAAACUUGAAUUAGAAUUAGGUACCUAUGAAAUCGAACCUGAAUCGGAUGUUAGAAUCGCUUCUAAUGCUAUUAAUACUCUUGGAUUGAAAAUCAGUCAAAUUGAGGCUUUUAGAACACGUGAAGCUCAAUUAUUUGAAAUCCUUGUGCCUACUUUGGCUAAUAGAAAUCAGUAGUCAAAGAAUUCAAACCUAGUAAAAGAAUUCAAUGUUUGAUUCGAUUGGUUUUUCUGUGAGGAAGGAUAAAAGAAGGGACAACACGCUGGUUGGGUUUAUUUAAUUUAUUCAUAUCUUGGAUUGGGCUCUUUUUCCGACUCGUGACUAUUUUCUUUUUUUUCUCCCUUAGAAAUGCUUUGUAUAUAAACAAGAGUUGAUUUUUACACCAUAAGUUGAUGCUCAAUUUUACUUUAUGUUCUUUCAUAUGUAUAGCAAACACACGAUCGUCUUCAUUCUUUGUCUUCUUCAUUCCACCUACUAUUUACAGUUCAUCAAAUACCGGGUUCUUUUUUCUUUCACUUCUACUUUUCACACAGAUUUCUUUCAUAUCUUUGUAACUUGAUCAUAGUUUUCUGUUUACAUUGCUCUGUUUAUCUUUUUCUAGUUAAAUAAUGUUGAUGUAUAGCUUGCUUUUCUGUUCAUUGAAUUGGUUUUUUUUGUUCAAGAAGAAAGUAAAAAAAUGAAUCAAAACCAAAGAUUUUCAUCUU